GGGUUGACACUGUCGGACCUGCUCUUCUCUAGCCGGUGGGGAACGGAAGCGGACAUUGUUCCUAACUCUCCCUGCUUGACAUCAACUUACGUUAGGAACAACGUUUAACCUCUCAAGUGUAAUUUUUUCCCCUUAUACUUAAGGCUCUGAGAAGAGGUGUUCUUGAGACCACCAGGUGACGUAGCCAUGAAAUGGGGCUGGGUGUUUUUGGGGGUCUUCCUAUCUCUGGGGACCCUGUCCUGGGGGGAGAAGGGCUUGGAGGUCCCAGAGUACGAUGGCAAAGACCGUGUCCAUGACCUCAGUGCCAAGAACUACAAGUCCGUCAUGAAGAAGUACGACGUGAUGGUGAUCUACUACCACAAACACGUGGAUGGGAACCGGAGUGCCAUGAAGCAGUUUCAGAUAGAGGAGCUGGCUUUGGAGUUGAUCACAAGUCAAGCAGCAAUUAUCUUCCAGCUUGCGGCCCAAGUUCUGGGUGAUUUUGACGAUGAGGACAUUGGAUUCGGCCUGGUGGAUGAAAAGACUGAUUCUGCUGUUGCCAAGAAGCUUGGUCUGGAUGAGGUGGAGAGCAUCUACAUCUUUGCUGACAAUGAGAUCAUCGAGUACGAUGGCGAGCUGGCAGCCGACACCCUGGUGGAGUUCCUCUAUGAUGUGAUCGAAGACCCCGUGGAGAUCAUCGACAACGAGCGUGAGCUGAAGGGUUUCUACAACAUCGAUGACGUCAUCAAGCUGGUUGGCUAUUUCAAGAGCGAGAAAUCUCCCCACUACAUUGAAUUCGAUGACGCUGCUGAGGAGUUCCACCCCUUCGUCAAAUUCUUUGCCACAUUUGACCCAAAGAUCGGCAAGAAGCUGAAGCUGAAGGUCAAUGAAGUCGACUUCUAUGAGCCCUUCAUGGACGAGCCCGUCACCAUUCCAGGAAAGCCCUACAUUGAGUCUGAGCUUGUUGAAUACAUUGAACAGCAUGACAGGCCAACACUGAGGAAGCUUGAGCCUCACAGCAUGUAUGAGAUCUGGGAGGAUGACAUUGACGGAGAGCACAUUGUUGCCUUUGCUGAGGAAGAUGACACAGACGGUUUUGAAUUCCUGGAAAUCCUGAAGGAGGUGGCACGCGAGAACACUGACAACCCAAACCUCAGCAUCAUCUGGAUCGACCCCGACAAUUUCCCCCUGCUGGUGCCAUACUGGGAGAGGACCUUCCGCAUUGACCUCUCUUCUCCUCACAUUGGAGUGGUGGAUGUUGAAGACGCUGACAGCGUGUGGAUGGAAAUGGACGACCAGGAUGACAUGCCCACAGCUGACGAGCUCGAGCAGUGGAUCGAGGACGUUCUAUCUGGAAAGAUCGACCCAGAUGAUGAUGAUGAUGAUGAUGAUGAUGACGACGAUGAUGAUGACGAUGAUGACGACGACAAUGAUGAUGACGACGACGACGACGACGACGAUGAUGAUGAUGACGAUGAUGAUGACGACGAUGAUGACGAUGAUGAUGACGACGAUGAUGACGAUGAUGACGACGAUGAUGAAUAAAUGUUUACUGCCAUUUUUCACUUCCCUAUAAUUUUGCCAGAAAUGGCAAAACCCCAAAAGUAGCAGUUUUUUCUAACAUCUUGCAGCAAACACAUUUUGUGUCUUUUUGCUUCCUGUAUGGUUUCCUGUAAGGGACAAAUAUAAUGACCCUGUGGGAAACUUUUAUCGUGAGUUAGGGAAGGAGAUCAUUAAAGAAACAGAGGAUUUGCAUCUCUUGAUGAACAGGGUUGCAGCUUAAUAUGUUAUAUAUCAUUUGUUACUGUAUUAAAGUAUGCUAAUCUCUCACCUCUGAGGUUCAUAAUGAAUGUGAGGCUAACAGAGGCUAACCUUCCCUGACAUGUCCUACCUAAAGUCACAGACCGGGGUUCACCCCUUUUCUAAUUUUCUCUAAUUUACUGUAAUCCUGUUUCAAUGUUUUCUACUUGAUGAAGAGAAGAAACACUUUCUUGUACUAUUUUUAAAGCGAGUAAACCUAAACUCACUGGACAGUCUUAAGAUUAUUACAAUCUUGGAAAACUAUUAAGAUAUCGGGAAG